GCCUGGGCCUGGAGCGGCGCACCGCGCAGGUCCCUCCCGCCAUGGCCCUGGGAGGCGGCAGCACAUGGCGGCCGCAGCGGCCAUGAGCGCCCCCGCUGCCCGCCCCGGCCCCCCCUAGAGCCCGCGCCGCCGGCCGCGCCACGGCCCCGCCGCCCCCGGCCCCGCCGCCCCGCCGCCCCGCGCCCGCCGCCGCCGCCGCCGCCGCCAUGGGCGUGCAGGGCUUCCAGGACUACAUCGAGAAGCACUGCCCGAGCGCCGUGGUGCCGGUGGAGCUGCAGAAGCUGGCCCGGGGCAGCUUGGUGGGCGGCGGGCGGCAGCGGCCCCCGCACACGCCGCUGCGCCUGCUGGUGGAUGCCGACAACUGCCUGCACCGCCUCUACGGCGGCUUCUACACCGACUGGGUGAGCGGCGGCCAGUGGAACCACAUGCUCGGCUACCUGGCCGCGCUGGCCAAGGCCUGCUUCGGCGGCAACAUCGAGCUCUUCGUCUUCUUCAACGGCGCGCUCGAAAAGGCGCGGCUGCACGAGUGGGUUAAGCGGCAGGGCAACGAGCGCCAGACGGCGCAGCAGAUCGUCAGCCAUGUCCAGAACAAGGGCACCCCGCCGCCCAAGGUCUGGUUCUUGCCGCCCGUGUGCAUGGCGCACUGCAUCCGCCUGGCACUCAUCCGCUUCCACGUCAAGGUCGCGCAGAGCAUCGAGGACCACCACCAGGAAGUGAUUGGUUUCUGCAGAGAAAACGGCUUCCAUGGCCUGGUUGCGUAUGACUCUGACUAUGCGCUGUGCAACAUCCCCUACUAUUUCAGCGCCCAUGCGCUGAAGCUGAGCCGCAAUGGGAAGAGCCUCACCACGAGCCAGUAUCUGAUGCAUGAGGUUGCCAAGCAGCUGGACCUGAACCCAAACCGCUUCCCCAUCUUUGCUGCUCUGUUAGGAAACCACAUCCUACCUGAUGAAGACCUGGCUUCCUUUCAUUGGAGUUUACUUGGUCCAGAACAUCCACUAGCCUCACUUAAGGUUCGGGCCCAUCAGCUGGUCUUGCCGCCAUGUGAUGUGGUGAUCAAGGCCGUGGCUGAUUAUGUCCGCAACAUCCAGGACACCUCGGACUUGGAUGCCAUAGCUAAAGAUGUUUUCCAGCACUCACAGUCUAGAACAGAUGACAAAGUUGUUCGAUUUAAGAGAGCAAUUGGAUAUUAUUCAGCAACUAGUAAGCCCGUGACGUUCCACCCACCACAUUACUUAGCCAGACCAAAUCCGUUUGGAAUGCCUGGGAUAGUGCCACCAUACGUCCCCCCGCAGAUGCUCAACAUUCCACAGACCUCUCUGCAAGCAAAGCCUGUGUCCCCGCAGGUGCCUGGCCCCAGUGCCCUGGGCCAGGGUCCACACCCAUACAGCCUCGCCGAACCAGGCCUCUCUUUGGAAAGGAGCGGAAAGAGCCUGACAGAGCACAACAGCUAUAGCAGCAUUCCUCAUGAAGGGAAGCACACACCCCUGUAUGAGCGUGCCUCCCCCAUCGACCCUGCCCCUGGUGGCAGCCCCAACCACGUGGAUGCUGCGUGCUUUCCAGGCUCUUCCGCAUCGUCAUCCUCGGACAACGACGAAGGCAGUGGAGGGGCUGCAAACCAUAUCAGUGGGAACAAAACUGGCUGGGAGAAGACAGGAAGCCACACACAGCCUCCAGCACGGGGAGACCUGGGAGACCAAGCAAAGGCGGCAGAAGGCCCCUCCAUGGCCUCUUCAGGCAGCCAGCUCGCUGAAGGGAAGGGGAGCCAGAUAGGCACCAUCCAGCCAAUCCCGUGCCUGCUGUCCAUGCCCACUAGGAGCCACAUGGACAUCACCACCCCACCUCUGCCCCCCGUCGCACCUGAGGUGCUGAGAGUAGCCGAGCACCGGCACAAGAAGGGGCUCAUGUACCCCUACAUCUUCCACAUCCUGACCAAGGGUGAAAUCAAAAUUGCUGUUUCUAUUGAAGAUGAAGCCAGCAAAGACCUGCCUCCCGCCGCCCUGCUCUAUAGGCCAGUUCGUCAGUAUGUUUACGGAGUCCUGUUUAGCUUGGCAGAAAGCAGAAAGAAAACUGAGAGACUUGCUUUUAGAAAGAACAGACUUCCACCAGAAUCCUCACCAGUGAUCAUUAAGGAGUGGGCAGCCUACAAAGGGAAGUCCCCGCAGACCCCGGAGCUGGUGGAAGCCCUCGCCUUCAGGGAGUGGACCUGCCCCAACGUGAAGAGGCUGUGGCUGGGGAAGGCGGUGGAAGACAAGAACCGCAGGAUGCGAGCCUUCCUGGCCUGCAUGAGGUCCGACACGCCGGCCAUGCUCAACCCAGCCAGCGUGCCCACCCACCUAACGGUGCUGUGCUGCGUGCUCCGGUAUAUGGUGCAGUGGCCUGGAGCACGGAUACUGCGUCGCCAGGAGCUGGAUGCCUUCUUGGCUCAGGCGUUGUCCCCCAAACUCUAUGAGCCUGACCAGCUGCAGGAGCUCAAGAUUGAGAACCUUGACCCCCGAGGCAUUCAGCUGUCUGCUCUCUUCAUGAGUGGCGUGGACAUGGCCCUCUUUGCGAACGAUGCAUGUGGCCAGCCAGUGCCCUGGGAGCACUGUUGCCCUUGGAUGUAUUUUGAUGGGAAGCUUUUCCAGUCCAAACUUCUCAAAGCAAGCCGGGACAAGACCCCACUCAUCGACCUCUGUGAUGGUCAGGCCGAGCAAGCUGCCAAGGUGGAGAAGAUGCGGCAGAGCAUCCUGGAGGGGCUGAACUUCUCCCGGCAGAGCCACCCGCUGCCCUUCCCACCACCCGCAGCGCUGCCCUUCUACCCCGCCUCCAUGUACCCCCGGCACUUCGGGCCCAUCCCCCCGGCGCAGGGCCGGGGGCGGGGCUUUGCAGGAGUCUGUGGCUUCGGAGGCCCCUAUGGGGAAACUGUAGCAACAGGUGCCUACCGUGCCUUCCGUGUGGCGACAGCGGCAGGACACUGCGGAGCCUUCUCAGGCAGUGAUGGCGGCAGGACUAGCAAGUCGCAGGGCGGAAUCCAACCUAUACCUUCUCAGGGAGGGAAGCUAGAAAUAGCCGGCACUGUGGUUGGCCACUGGGCUGGGAGCAGACGGGGCCGUGGGGGCCGUGGGCCAUUUCCCCUGCAGGUAGUUUCUGUUGGAGGACCAGCGAGAGGGCGUCCCAGAGGAAUCAUCUCCACCCCGGUGAUCAGGACUUUUGGAAGAGGCGGGAGGUACUACGGCAGAGGCUGUAAAAGCCAGGGCACAAUUCAGGGCAAGCCCCCUUAUGCUGCUUCAGCAGAGGAAGUGGCCAAAGAACUGAAGUCAAGAUCUGGGGAGUCCAAGUCAUCUGCUGUAUCUUCAGAUGGGUCCCUGGCUGAAAAUGGAGCGGUGGCUGAGAAGCCGGCUGCGCAGAUGAACGGGAGCACGGGCGAUGCCAGGGCGCCCAGCCACUUGGAAAGUGCCUUGAGCAAUGACUCUAAGACGUGCAAUACAAAUCCUCACUUCAGUGCACUAAGUACAGACAGCGCCUGCCGUAGAGCUGAUGCCCUGGAGGCGGCUGUCUUAAAGAAAGAAGAGUAAACUUAUUUUUUAUAGAGGGUGAAGGAUGCUGGGAGGGUCAGGAUUCAGGAAUAUCUGGAGAGAAAGAGAGCCUACAGUUAUGUACAUUUUUUCCUUUCCGUAAGAGAAAAAUGAGGACUUUGGAAAUUUGGAUCCCUCUUUGCUAUCAGAGAUUUAAACAACACAUUUUUAGUUUUAACCAGUUGUAGUCAAAAUGCUACAGUAAAACAAAAAGAGAGAAAGAAAAUGAAGAGCAUUUGACUCCCACACUUAAAAUGAAGUACACACAAAGUUUAAACUGGUUAUGACAAAAGCCUGUAGUUGUGUUUCUUGAACUACAAAGAAAACAAAUUUUGGCAGUCUUUAAGUAUAUAUAGCUUAAAAUAUCAUUUUUAGCAUUUGGCACCAUAUGUAUGCCAUUAUCUUUGAUUUUGCAUUACUGUUCACAAAGCUUUGUCUAAGGCUUUGAUUUUAUGAUUAUGGAAGAAACACAGCACACCACAUUCUUUCUUACUUAACUCUCAUCACUGUUGAUGUGGUUCUUUUGUGUUAAAAAAAAAGUGCAACUCAAAAGUAAAAAAUUAGAGUAAUAUUGCCGUUCUGCUGAUUUUAAAUAUACAGUACAUCAUACAUACUUUACAAGCAAGUUAAAUGGAGAUAAAGUUGAAAUCAUAGAAGAUGCAAAUGACCUUUCAAAAUCAACACAAUGUGUUCUGAAACCUUCAGUGACUUAAUGCCAUGCAUCUGUGAUCAGUGACUACGUGGUUUUGAAUCGGACGUAGACCAUUAGUGCUCCUACUUGAGCUAACCUCUGCAUGGUUCAUAAUUUUAAAGUGUGUGGUUAAUAUUAUGCAUGUUAUUGUCCUUUCUCCCAUUCUUACCAGUACGUGCCCAUUUGCAAAACAAAAAUGCUAAUAAUCAGUAAUAGUCCUAUAAAAUGUUAACUCUGUUUAGUCAUUGACUGAUCUUGCUCUAACCUUAAAAUUUUGUGAUUAUUGACCUCUGUUGCAUUUAUUCUAAAAUCCCCCAAAAUUAUCUAGCUGUUUCAAAUACCAACAUUACCCUGGUGUACUCACUGCUGUAUGCAUUAUUGUUCUUUGUUGCUGUUUUAUGCCUUCAUAUUAGCAAAAAUAUGAAAUUCUGUGGAAAAAAAAUCCCUUUAAUCUUAAAAAAAAACAAAAAAAACAAACCCCCCUUCUGUAGCAGGAAACAAAUUGCUUGUUCUUGAGAACUUUCCCAUCAAGAAUUUAGUAGAAGCAGGUAUACUUAUAUCAUUUUGAUGUUUUUGUUGUUUCCAAACAAUGUACUUUGAAAUCAGAAUCACUUCUUAUUCGUUUUCAUAUAAUUCUCCUGAUGCUCUUCAUCACACAUUAGUGAUCAGAAAUGAGAUGUAAUUCCCCAAACCCUGCCCGCAAGACCUGAGUAGGAUCUUACUGUAAGUUGAAGGGAGUUUUGCCCUGACUCAUGGAUUGUGCAAGAAUGAACUGCUGUUGGUUUGACUGAUUGUAGGUGGGUUGUGGUGUGGUGUAUCUGAAGGCUAUUGAAUGCAACUUACAAUGCUUAAUAAAAAUCUUUAUUCUUUUAGUAUAAA